GUGACUCGAUCUGUCAUGUGAUCGGUCGAUUUCAAAAUGGCGAUCAUCUCUGCAGUUGCUGGAUUGUUGUGCUUGUUUACUGUAUUUACACUGGGCGAGUGUCGAUACGAGCCGAACUGGCAGUCCAUAGACUCGAGGCCCCUGCCAAGCUGGUAUGAUGAGAGUAAGAUCGGUAUCUUUAUUCACUGGGGAGUGUUUUCCGUGCCCAGUUACGUGGACGAGUGGUUCUGGUAUUACUGGAAGGGCCCCACACCAGUCAAGAGCGUCGUCAAGUUUAUGGAAGACAACUACCGGCCAGGUUUUACGUAUGCAGACUUUGCACCACAUUUCACAGCCGAGUUCUUCAGCCCCUAUCGAUGGGCAGACAUUUUCCAAGCGUCAGGAGCACGCUACGUGGUGUUUGUGAGCAAGCACCAUGAAGGCUUCACCAACUGGCCUUCCAAGGCAUCCUUCAACUGGAACUCGAUGGAUGUGGGUCCCCGAAGGGAUAUUGUAGGGGAGUUAACUAAUGCAAUCCGCAACAGCACUGACUUGAGGAUGGGCGUCUAUCACUCGCUGUUUGAGUGGUUCAAUCCUCUCUUCAAUGCUGAUAAAGCCAACAAGUUCAAGACACAGGACUUUGUCACGCACAAGACAGGACCCGAAUUGUACGAGCUGGUCAACAAAUACAAACCUGACAUUAUCUGGUCUGAUGGAUGUCCGGCAAACAGCUCUUACUGGAACUCCACACAGUUCUUGGCCUGGCUCUACAAUGACAGCCCAGUGAAGGACACCGUGGUGACCAAUGACCGAUGGGGGUCGGACACGGGCUGCAAACAUGGCGGCUUCUUCACCUGCUCUGACCGCUACAACCCAGGAUUCCUCCAGAAACACAAGUGGGAGAACUGCCUGACGCUGGACAAAAAGUCGUGGGGCUACCGUCGCGAGGCCGUGCUGGCCGACUACAUGACCAUGAAGGAGCUCACUAAGACACUGGCAGAGACAAUCAGCUGUGGGGGCAACAUGCUCAUCAAUGUGGGCCCCACACACGACGGACGGAUUGUCCCGGUCUUCGAGGAACGUCUGAGGCAGCUGGGGGCGUGGCUGAAAGUGAAUGGGGAAGCUGUGUACUCCUCCAAGCCAUGGUCCCACCAGAACGAUACAGUCACACCCAACGUGUGGUACACGAUGAAGAAGUCGACAUCCGCCCCCUUUCAGACGUCCAUCUAUGCCUUCGUGCUUGACUGGCCUAAGGGAAGCAUCCUUGGUCUUGAUGCUCCGAGGGUCACCAAGCAGACCAAUGUCACGUUGCUAGGCUACCCAAAACCUUUGACCUACAUGCCUAACCCCACAGGGUCAGGGGUCAUGAUUGACAUUCCUGAGAUUGGAUUUAAUGAGAUGCCGUGUGACUAUGCCUGGAUCUUCAAAAUGACGAACCUGGCUAACUGAUGGACCUUGCUAACUAGUUAAUUGUUUGACAACAUAUCUAUCUGUAACCAGCAGAGGGCACCUCUUUAUCAAUGAGGAGUCAAUUCUUUAUUAAUAAGGGGUUUAUUCUUCAUCAGUAAGGGGCACAUGUAACCUGGUUGUUUUGAGGUAGUUCGCUGUCUGGACUUCUAUGAACUUCGGUUCAAAUCCCAGAUUUGCUCUGAUUAACAUUCUAGGUUUGUCUACACAUGAGUUUCACCAAAGUGGAAAUCUUUAAGCACCAGCAUCACAUUAUAUCUCACUUUAAACUGACACACAGGGAUAGAAUUAGAAUACUAUUCAAACCGGCAUUUAUCCAAACUCUAUCCUAUUGUUGAGAUGAGAUGCAUGAGAUCUUAUUGCUCUCUGCUACUGUGCAUAGAUCUGAGGACAUCCUAUUACAGGUCAGUCGGGUAGCCUAGCGGUUAAAGCGUUGGCUCAUCACGCCGAAGACCCGGGUUCGAUUCCCGACAUGGGUACAAUGUGUGAAGCCCAUUUCUGUUGUCCCCCGCCGUGAUAUUGCUGGAAUAUUGCUAAAAGCGGUGUAAAACCAUACUCACUCACUCACUCACUUUAAACUGACACACAGGGAUAGAAUUAGAAUACUAUUCAAACCAGCAUUUAUCCAAACUCUGUCCUAUUGUUGAGAUGAGAUACAUGAGAUGUUAUGGCUCUCUGCUACUGUGCAUAGAUCUGAGGACAUCCUAUUACAGGUCACGUCAGAAUGACCUUUCAUCCGACCAAUCAGAGUGUUGCUACGGUAUUGUAAACGUGAAAGUCUGAAUACAUUUCAUAAUCAUGCAAACGGUUAACAGGGGUUUUCCCAAUAACAGUUAAUGGUUGUCCAGCUGAUUCUGUCAAAGUCAUCGUCUAUCUCUUCCUUCAAAGGGAUAAACAUUUGAAACAGAAACUAUUGUAAUGCAAUCUCACCUUUCCAUCAUACAUUCCCAAAUUUUGUUUGUUCAUUUUGCAAAUUUUAAAUCAAGAAUGGUAUCAAACUACUUUUCAUUCCUUGACUGAAAUGAAAGUCUCCACUUUGAAACUGGUACCGUUAUCCUUGAGAAAGCGGCUUUCUGAUUGGCUUAUUGUGAGUUCCUGGUAAUCUUGUCAUUGGUCGCUCAAAGUUUGUGAAGGGUUGUUCUGAUGUGAGUUGUCAUGGGAGAUGGUCAGAUCUUUUUAUGAGAUUGUGAUUUUACUGUUAGCUCCUGUGCGUGAUGGUAAACAAUUUGACCAUAAAUGAUUCUUUGUUUCUGGGUCUAAUGGGUGUUCCACUCAGGUAUUUCAUCAUCAUGCUUUUCUAGGAAGCUUGUUGGUCAUAAUAUACUUUUAUUUUAUUUUCAUCAAAUCAAACUAUAUUUGUCACACAUGCCAACUUAGAACUGCUAGUUUUGAAACGUUCUAUGCCAUGAUCCAGAUUUAUACAUAAGAAUGAAUAUUUCUGACAGGUGAAAUACUUGAAGGUCCUGAUAUCAUUGCAGUAAACUACGUUUAAAACGAACAUGAUAAUAAGGGACUGACGGAUAUAACGAACUGUCCUUUGUGGUCACAGCAACUUGCUGUAUAUAUAGUGUAUACACCAUUAAUACUAACAACUAUAACGAACUAGAAUUAGAGCUCCCUUUGAGUUCGAUAUAUCCGUAGUUUUCUGUAUUCCAAAUUUAUUAUUUUGCUUGUGGCUCUACACAGGCACUCAGUGUUAUUUAUACGCGAACUGAUUAGCAUGUUUCACCCACAUCUCCUUUUUAUGAGUUUUCAGAAUAGGGGCGCCUUUAGCUUACGUUCACUGGUGUAUAUCCAGAGACUGUGUAUCUGUGUCUGUGUAUAUGAACAUUGGUUUUUAACAUUUACAAUGCCUGUUUCAACUAAUUUUUACAAUUCCAUCAAAAAGUCUGCGCAAACUUCCUACAUGGUCGACGCGAAAAACUGACUGAUCUGUUUUUUAACCUGGUUAGAAAUGUCUGACAUACAGAAGGUUAGUCCAAAAUAUAUGUUGCCAGCAUUUGAUUAUACUCAUGUAAUAUAUUGACUGCUGAUGUUGGUUAUACUGGGAUGCUAUAUCUCGGGCGUCAUGAACGCCACACAUUCCGCUGCUGAGUACAGUUUUCUUACACAUAUUUUCAGAUCUUAUUUUGUGAUAAAAUGUUUUCAACUCAA